UUCUCUAAUAAAACUCAAUGAAACCUGAAUCAUCUCCAUGGCCAUAAAAAAAAACCGUCUAUAUGAAUGGAAUAAGCCUUAUUUUGUUUCUUUUUAAAUGUGGGGUUCGGUUUUGUGCGUUUUUCUAUUACACUGAUCUUAGUUUUGGACCCGUUUCUUAUAUUUUGAGAUUACUCUUCAAACCCUGUAAUAACUUCACUUUCCCAUGAUACUGCAUUGAAUGUUCACGAGUUGCUGGAUUUCUGAGAAUUAUAAUUAAUUUUGUUUGGCUUUGUUGGGGCUUUUUCUGUUGUUUUCACGUGAAUUUCGGCAAAAAUGAGAUGGGAAAGAGUGAAAUUAAAGAUGAAAUUGAAGGAAAUCCAACCACUGGAGGGGAGGAAAUCUCCCGGUAGGAAAGGUGGUAUUCUGGGGCCAGGAAAGAGAUGGGGUCAUACCUGCAAUUCCAUCAAAGGAGGGAGGUUUCUCUAUGUUUUUGGAGGUUAUGGCAAAGACAACUGUCAAACCAAUGAUGUUCAUGUAUUUGACACAUUGAAGCAAACAUGGAGCAAGCCGAUGGUGAAAGGCAUACCGCCUUCCCCAAGAGACAGUCAUAGCUGCACCACUGUUGGGAACAAUUUAUUUGUGUUUGGUGGUACAGAUGGGAAGAACCCACUCAAGGAUUUGCAUAUUCUCGAUACAAUUACCAACACAUGGAUGCAACCAAAUUUGGUUGGUGAUGGUCCUGAUGCACGAGAAGGACACAGUGCAGCACUCAUUGACAAGCGUCUUUUCAUAUUUGGAGGGUGUGGGAAGUCUCGCAAUGAACCAGAAGAAGUAUAUUAUAAUGAUCUAUACAUAUUGGACACAGAGAGUUUUACUUGGAAGCGAGCUGUAACAAGUGGCAUCCCUCCCUCUGCACGGGAUAGCCAUACUUGUUCAUCUUGGAGGAACAAAAUUAUUGUGCUUGGUGGUGAAGAUGCAUCUGACUAUUACCUUUCUGAUGUUCAUAUACUAGAUGCAGACACUCUUGUUUGGAGGGAGCUUAACACAUCAGGGCAGAUGCUAGCUCCUCGUGCUGGUCAUGCAACUGUUGCUCUUGGGAAGAAAUUGUUUGUUUUCGGUGGCUUUACUGAUGACCGCAACCUAUAUGAUGAUCUCCACGUGCUGGAUGCGGAAACCGGUGUUUGGAAUAAAAUCUCUAAUGUGGGCCAAGGGCCUUCAUCCAGGUUUUCAGUUGCUGGAGAUUGUUUGGAUCCACGGAAGGGGGUUCUUGUGUUCAUAGGAGGUUGCAAUGAAAACCUCGAGGCCCUUGAUGACAUGUUUUACUUAUACACCGAUAUGUCUUCGGAAAAUGGACGAGGUGACCAAAGGCCAGAAAAGUUCUCUCUUCGCAAGGAAUUGAAGAGAAAGCGGCAACAGCAAUAUCUUCCUUCAAGCGGGUCUGAGAAAGAUAAGGACGUGCGAAAGGUUGAGCUGACCCCUGAUUCUUACCCAUUGAUGUCUCCGCCUAUGUUUUCCCAAGCUGCUAUGGGGAAAGCCUCCUUAUUUGAAGUAAAACCACCAGAAGAAAAGAUAUUUGAAGCCAAGAUAACAGACAUAUUCCGUUAUGGCUACAAUAUUGAGACUAAUAUUGACGGCAAGCCUUUGCGGGGCAUAUUAUUUUCUUAUGAGCCGAACUUUAGUCAUGCUGCCCAUGCCUACCUUAGUCGGAAAAAGAUAGCUGGAGAGGCUGGUGCCAAGUUAAAUGAUGUCCACAAGCCAAAAUUGAAGAUUUCUAGAGCUGCCAAACAGGCAAUGAAGCAAUCAGAUCAAAAGAAAGCAGCAGAUGCCUCUCCUGUUUCAAGAACCCCUACUCAAGAAUCACCUGGGGUUGCUCUUGCUUCUCACCCUCACACUUCUGCUCCCUCGAAUGAGCCUCCUCAACGACAUACACAGACGCCAGAGACAGCUGGACCCACCCCAGCACCACAAAAGGAGUCGGAGCAUAAUGCAACCCAAGCGGAGACUCUUCCUCCUCCAUCAGACCAGACAAAAAUCAGUGACCAACAUCCAGUCAUAGAAGCCCACGGAGAAGAGAAAUCCAGCCAGCCUUCCUUGCCCUAAAAAGCACCUCUUUAGAAUUUAUAAAGGGGAAGUCGAAGGGAAAAACCAAAAAGAAAGAGAGAAAAUGGUGGUUUUCCAAAUUUAAAGAUUCGAACCUGUAUGGGUUUCUUCUCCAGAAAAUCCAAGCAUUCCACCGAGAAGGUGAUGUAGGCUGUGACAGGGCCUGUUUUGGGGGGGGGGUGUUUUGUGAGGGCUAGUUUUUGGCUGUUCUUAAGCUUCUGAAUGUUUGUAUAUGAUUUCUCUUUUAUGAACUUGUGGUAGUUAGUGAUAUACAAAUUUCGACUUUUCCUUUUGUUUUAUGGUUUCCUGUUGAUUA